GGCCAGUGCAGCUUUUGUUGCAGGAGUGGCCAUGCUGAGCGGUGCAGCAGAGCAACACCUGCUCCCUGGGAGUUUGUUCUCCUUUAUAAUACCAGCUCUGGUGCAGGAGUGGCUGUGCCUGGCGAUGCUGCCCUCUGGGUUAGGGUGACAUCAGGCAGGGAGCAAAGUCUUGCUGUGCUCUGUGCUGAGCACAGGGACGAGGAGGCCACAGCCAUGGCAGAGUUGAUCUCCUGUGUGAUAAGAAGUGGUGGGUGCCUGGGCAGGGUGACAGCAGAGGCAGGCAGGGAAAUGGGCAGAUGCUCCCUGCACCCGCCUGUCAUGGAGCUGCCGGUCCUGACCUGCAGGUUGCUGGCAGAGCUGCAUCAGCACCGUGUUUGAACCGGGCCAGGAGGAAAUGCUGCUGGCUUUGGAAGUGCAGGAGAGACAUCAUUAACAGUGAUGUUUCCUGAUGACUGCUGAUCAGCUGCCAGCCAGGCCCAUGGACCCAGCUUGCCCCUGACAGAGCUCCUGGCCCUUCAGCAAGGUGAGGUUGCCCACAGCAAAUGCAGCAGCAGUGUCUGAAAAUGGUGCCUUAAUUUAUGAUACAAGGCUGGCCUCAAUGCCAGUAUCCUGCAGGGCCACCACGUGUAACCUGUGCUGGAUCUACCAUCAUCCCACAGAGAGCUGGGAUCCAAUGGGAGGACCUGCAUGACGCUGGAGGCCUCCCCAAAUGGACCAGGGAGCAACAAGUCCCCAACCCUCAGCAGCUUUGAGCUGAUGCCCAGAGCUGAGAGGAUGCAGGGCUAGAUGCACAGACCUGUUACCUGAGCUGGAGCACCAGCACUGCACUGGAUGUAGGUCACCUCCAUGAGCUGUGAUAUAACGGGGUGGAUCUGGGCAUCUCUGUAUUUCAAACCUACAAACAUUACCACACCUGGUUACUCCACUAGUGUGGGCUCUUCCUGAUAGGAAGAAAGCUCUUUAUGUGGUUUUCCACAGGAAAGAAGAGGAUCUCACUGCCAAUUUUUUAGGAAAAGGCAGGAGCAUGUAAUGCUUGGUGUCAUGAUUAGCAAAGUCUGUGAGACCUGUGCCCCCCCAGCACCCUGAUGUCCCAUCAGUGACAUGUUGCUGACGAGGAGCUGGAUCCUCAGUUCUCUUCCUCAGUUUUGGGAAAUCUCAGCCUUUUUUUAUACUUGGAAACCCCAAGUCAUGUGGUGCAGGCAGAUUCUUGCCUUGGUUUCUCAUCUGCCCCAGGAGAGCAGUGACAGCCAGGUGGGUCUGGGAAUUCAGGUAUCCAGCACUGCAGUCCCGUUUGGUAACGUGUUAUUGUGACUCUGCUGGGUGAGUCACUCCACAGAGCCUGCUGUGGCCACAGCCCUGUAAGGACUACGUGUAUGGUAGAGCCUUUCUGCUGCAUCCCAAAGAGAUGGAUGAAAGCCCAGAUCCCAGCAUGGCUGAGCCCUGAGGCAGUGGUGGGGCCUCUUGGCUGAGGGUGUUUAGGGAAGAUGGGUGAAAAAAAAACAAAGGAAAGAGCCUCAAACGAUUUAAAACUGAGUAUUUAGGGGAAAUAACUUCCUUGCAGAGGCUUACAAAGCCAGUGUGUCCUGAUGAAGAGCACUGAAGGACCAGGCUGUGCUCAGUGUGAGGCAGUGGCACAGGGACUGUCCCACUGUGGUGGCCUCUCCCCAGCCUCAUCCAGCCCCACUGCCUCACCAGGGCUCAUCUCAGGGGUGCCCACAUUUCUCUUUCCAGCCCUGGACUCCAGCUCCCUGCGGCUGUGCCGGGCAGAGGCCUUGCUGGCCCUGGGGCAGUAUCCACAGGCACUGGAGGACCUGGAUGCCGUGUGCAGGGCUGAGCCUGGAGAGCACGAGGCCUUCUUCAGGAAAGGGAAGGUGCUCCUGGAGAUGGGGCAGAGAGCCGAAGCCCUGCUGGCGUGGGAACACUGCCUGACGCUCAGUCCCCAUUUCCAGCCAGCUCGGAGGGAGAUGGAGAAGAUCGUCAUGGAAGCCGAUGCUCCUCAGCCAUGCACGGCUGCACAGCUGGGUGAUGCUCACCUGAGCUCAGCUGGUUCCCAGCCUGAUGGAGGGAGCCCAGUGCUCCCAUCUUCCACACAAGCUCAGGAUCAGGAGGGAGAGCUGGCAGAUGGCCAAGGGGAUGUUGGGUCUGAGCACAGCCAGGGCACAGCCACCCUUUCCCAGCCGGGACAACGGCAAGAACCGGAGACUUUGGCAGAGAGUCAGGGCCGGUGGUUGUUGGAUAAAGAGGAAGAAACAGCAGCAGCAAAGUGUACCCAGCCAUGCCUCAGGGAGUCACUGAGCAUAUCUGACUUGGAGUGCUCCCUCUGCAUACGGAUGUUUUUUGAGCCGGUGACGACGCCCUGUGGUCACACCUUCUGCAAAGAGUGCCUCGAACGCUGCCUGGACCACCGGCCCAACUGCCCCCUCUGCAAGCAGAGCCUGAGAGAGUACCUGAAGGCUGGGAGGUACAGCCCCACGGUGCUGCUGCAGGACAUCAUGCUGGCCACCUUCCCCACACAGCUGGCUGAGCGCCGGGAGCUGCACCGGGCAGAGAUGGCAGAGCUCUCCAACCUGACCAAGAACAUCCCCAUCUUUGUGUGCACAAUGUCCUUCCCUGGCAUCCCCUGCCCUCUGCACAUCUUCGAGCCUCGGUACCGCCUGAUGAUCCGGCGGUGCCAGGAGAGCGGCACCAGGAGGUUUGGCAUGUGCAUAUUUGAGAAUGGGAAAAGCUUUGCUGACUAUGGCUGCAUGCUGGAGAUCCGUCAGGUGGAGCUGCUGGCGGACGGGCGCUCCUUGGUGGACACCAUCGGCCGGCAGCGGUUCCGGGUGCUGAGCCGCGGGCACAGGGACGGCUACCACACCGCUGACAUCGAGUACCUGGAGGACAGGAAGGUGUCUGGGGAGGAGCUGCAGGAGCUGCAGUGCCUGCACGAGAGCACCUAUCGCCUGGCCCAGCGGUUCUGUGAGCACGGAGACCUCACCUCCAGGCACAUUCUGAUGCAGCAUGGAUCGCUGCCAGAGAAGGAAGAGGACAUCCAGGCUUCAGCAGACGGCCCGACGUGGUGCUGGUGGCUCAUCUCCAUCCUGCCCCUGGACCCAUCCUACCAGCUGAACCUGUUCUCCUGCACAUCGCUGCGCGCCCGCCUGUCGCAGCUGCAGCACAUCCUCACGGCCCUGCUGCAGCAGCCCCCUCCCCACCACCUCCGGCACCCCCGGGGCCGCGUCUGAGCCCGCUCUGCCCUCCCUCGGGCUCCCCUCCACCCUCGGCUUUCUCUGUGCGUUGCUUCCACGGUUUGUGUGUGGUUUGAGCCGCCCCAAGCCCCAGAAACGUGACCUCAGCGAUGAGCUGGGCGCGCUGUGCCCGGCUGUGCCGUCCGUGCCACCUCCGUGAGCUGCCUGGUGCCACUGCUGUGCCACCAAAGGGGAUAGUGGCACGCAGAGCUGGCUUGUGUCUCCAGAGCCAAAAUCGCUUGCUGAGUGGCUUCUGUGCUGAGGAGGGUUCUCUUUAGGGAGAGGACUGAGUGCAGGGAUUGCCUCCGUUUUGGUUCUUCCACUUCGAAGGAUAAUUUAGUAGAUAAUUUGGUAGAUGAUCCUGAUUCAUGCAGGAAAUUUAGAAGCUGGGGAGAGGUGGCACUGGGGAAACAGAGAAAUUCCAGUGGUGUCCCCCAGCCUUGGGAUCUGAUUGCUCUGCCACUGCUUACAACUUUGACUUAGUUUGUGUUUGAGCAAGAGGAAAGGUUAAAUUAAACAAUCUGAAACUCA